AUGACCAAACGUCCAAACCCUUUCGGAGGCUCGGGCAGAGAUGCCAAGCGAGCCUUUCUGCAGAACGCAAGGAAGAUACAAGUGCAGCAACCCUCGCGCCAAGGAGCAUUGGACAACAAUGUCUCUAAAUCCUCAGAAGCCGCUCUGCCUACAAGCAUCGAUGUCGAGCGCUUUCUUCAGUCAAGGGCGUUCGAGAUUGGCUCCUGGGAGAAUGCAAUGCGAACUUCAAAAAAUGCAGUCGUGCAGCGAGCCUUCCAGUCAUUGCCACGUCAUCUCAGGAGACGAGCUGCAUCUCACAAUGCCAGACGAUUGCCUGCCCGGCUGCGAGCCAAAGCCAGAUCAGAGAUCGUCAAGGACAAGUCAAAGUCUCACACGAUUCGCAAGCUACGCGGCUUUCCUUUCCAGAAGCGACGCAAGCUCGUCUUCAUCAGUCGCUCGGAUAUGCUAGCCAAGCGUCAAAAGAACGGCAAAUGGCUAGAGACCCACGUCUGGCAUGCAAAGCGCAUGAAGAUGGUCGAGCGAUGGGGAUACAAGCUAGCCGAGAAACCGACCGAGAAAUGCUUCCGAGCGGCGUAUCGUGCGACAUUCUCCGAUCAGGGCUGCACGGUCCACGACAGCUCGUAUUUCACUCAUGUCAGCCUGCAAGGUUCACAGGAAGAGCUCGGAAGAGUGCUCAAUCUUCUCAUGCCCAUCCUCAAACCCUCGCCGACUGCUCUACGCUUCAUGGCUGGCGCAAGACAUUUCGAGAAUACCAUCUACUGGCCAGAGCGAGACCUUAGCGGAAUUAUAGGACCGGUACUCGGCUUCUGGUCUGCGCACACCCGCGAUACGCCUACAGCGCGUCAGGUCAUGCUAAGACUGCACCCGUCUAUCAUCAAAGACGCUUCGAAAGCCAUCCGACAAGCGAUCGCUCUGGUUUCACCCGCCAAGGGCCAUACUUCAUUGACGGUCGACAAGAUCAACGUAGCUUCCUUUGAUCUGUUCGGGGCGCAAGCUUGUGCAACAUUGGCACGCAGCAUCUCGCCCGUCAAGAACGCUUUUCCAGGUCAGAAAGCUGGCUGGCAAGGCUUGAUGGCCUCAAUGCCAUCGCAAAUACCCUCGGCAUCGAUCUUGGGAUUACGCAUCGUCGAUCCGCGGCUAAGCUUUCCGCCCAAGAAGCCGGCUGACAGCGCUUCGUGCCAGCCAAGAAGCUCAGUCGACCCCGAGGCAGCAUCGUUGCCUUCUUUCUGGGAUCUCGAAACCGUCAAUAGCUUGAGCAAGCCUCGCUAUUCGAAAGCAGAGCUCGAUCGCCGGCGAUCGAAGAUGAACAUGCCUGGCUCUUCUUUGGAUGCGCAGGAGACAGAUGAUCGACUGCCUGUUCUCGUGCUGCAGCGAAGCCUCGGAGAAGGAUCUAGCACACCGGCUUUUGGACUGACUGUCAUCGCGCCAUCCGCCUUUGCCCGUCCUCUGCUGCAGUCGCUUGUAUUCUGUCAACCUCGUCCGAUCGGUCAACGCGAAGUGACGAUGCAGCAUUUCGAAUCUGGCUUACCUGCAUUUCCUCACGACUGGCUAGGUACCGCUGCGGGGGAGCAGGAGAUGGCGAGGCGAGCAGAGACUAUCCAGCUCAAGCAUGCUCGGACGCCCAGAGGAAAGCGGGCAGAGUACGAUAGACUCGGUGUGACGAUGCCCUUCAAGCCCGAUUGGCCAGCUCUGCUUGCCGUUGGGAACGCAACGCCUUGGCUCGCACCUCGCUCGAUUGCGCUCAAGCUGGUCGAAGCCCUGGAUGGCAAACCGACAGAUAAGGCAGACAGCGCCAAGCGAUUCGACGAAGUGCUCAAGAAUCGCAAGCUGCUUGCUACUGGCGUCUGUCAAGCGCGGCUGAUCCCUUCCGGCCGUGGCGUCCCCAAAGACCGCGCCAGUGUCUUUGUCGGUGACGGUCAGGAUGCCAAGCUCGUGGGGUUCGUGACCUCUGGCAGCUUUUCCCUCUCGCACGGCAGAGGACGCGCAAUCUGUAUGAUCACGCUCAAAGCUUUCCUCGAUGCGCACGCUUCCAAGAAUGCGCAAUUCGCCUACCGCAACGUCACGUCGAGGGACAGGCAUCGUGCUGUCUUGGAGCUGGCUUAG